AAAUUAAGGCUUGGUGACUAAAAUUGUGAGUGACUGAGAGGUACAUUACAUGUAUGAGAGUAAGAGAUUAAUUACUUAAAAACUUGCAUUGAGUCCCCUGGCUCGAAAAUGAUGAGCUCUAGAGUUAUAGGUGCUGUUUUCUUGAUUUUGCUCCUUGUUGACCUGUGCUUUGCCGCUAGGUCAUCCAAUGCUAUUUCUGAAGGAGGUGGCGGUGGGGGUGGGGGUGGAAACGGAGGAGGAGGAGGAGGUGGGGCUGGUAGUUUAGGGUCUGGUUCGGGAUACGGUUCAGGGAGUGGCAAUGGGGGCGGAAAAGGAGGGUCUGCGUCAGGUGGUGGUGGGGGAGGUGGGGGUGGCGGUGGUGGAGGCGGUGGAGGGUCGGCUGGUGGGUCUGGUUCUGGAUAUGGGUCGGGGUCUGGCUCUGGAUAUGGGUCUGGUGGUGGGGUAGGACAUGGAGGAGGUGGUGGCGGUGGAGGAGGUGGGGGUGGUGGAGGUGGAGGUGGAGGCUCUGGAAUGGGAGGUGGAUCAGGGUCUGGAUCAGGAUAUGGAAGUGGGUCUGGAUAUGGAAGUGGUAGCGGUACAGGAGGAGGUGGUAGCGGUGGUGGAGGAGGAGGAGGUGGUGGUGGUGGUGGUGGCGGCCAUGGCUCUGGCUACGGUGGUGGCUCAGGAUAUGGAUCAGGCUCUGGCUCUGGAUAUGGAGGUGGCGGAAACGAUGAUCACACACCAUGACCACGUAAUCGAUUCAGGUAGCUGCAUUCAAUCUUUAGGAUUUAUAAUAAUUUCGGAAUAAAAUUGCAGCGUCUUUGCUGCAUGUAUCUGCAUGGACUAAUAGGAAAUUUGCAUAUGUAGAAUUUAAUCUUGUGGCACAAGACACCAUUAUUAUGUCAUUACUACUACUACUGUAUCAAUCCAAAUAAAAUAAGUAAAAAUGUAGAUCAUGUUUUCUUCUUUGAAUAAUCCAUCCUGCCUGCC